AUGAAGGAGAAACUUGAAGGAAAAAAAGGAUUUGCAUCACAGAUGAUUCUUGAAUGUUCUGCUCGGAAUUGUAAGUACUCAAGGAGUUUUUAUACAUCAAAAACUGUGUGUAAUGGGAAAGCUUUUGAGGUAAAUCGUAGAGAUGUGUUGGCUGGACGAAACAUUGGCAUUGGACACCGAGGACAUUCAAAAUUUGCUUGCACCAUGAACAUGCUACCACCUAUGAAUGAAAAUGCACACCGCGAUCAUGUUAGAGCCAUACAUGCUGCUGCCGAAGUCGUCUGCAAGGAAAGUAUGAAUAAUGCAAGUGAUGAACAGUUUUAUGAAGUUGAAGAGGAUGGGAACUAUGAUAUUGGCAUUUCAGCUGAUGGGACGUGGAGACAAAGGGGAUAUUCGUCCUCGUAUGGUGUUGACUGGGAUGUCCUUAGUUACAAGCAAGGUUUUGGAUGUAGAAGUGAUGUCAAAAGAGUGUCGAUAAUGUAUUUUAUGGAGAGGGAAAGAAGGGACAAUCGAGUUUGA